AAUAGAAAUGGUGUCCGGGAAAGAGAAGAAGAAAUACAAAGAUAUCAUCAUCAGCAUCGUCACAUGCGCUCUCAUUCUCAUUCUCAUACCCCAAGAAUUGCUAUGCUACUCCUAGUUGUCAGCAACUAUUGACUCAACCCCAAUUUCCAUAUCUAAUCGCUUCUGUAUUUAUCACCAUAAACCCUAGAGAAUUUUGUAAAAUCUGCUGGGAUGGCACUGUCAGUCUCUGACUUACCUGCGAUGUAUACACUGCUUUCCAAUUCACUUAGUGGCGAUGAAGCCUUGCGCAAACCUGCUGAAUCAACGCUUGCUCAGUCCGAAAACUUGCCGGGGUUUUCUUCUUGUCUAAUGGAAGUGAUAACUGCAAAGGACUUGGUAUCUCAAACGGAUGUUCGUUUAAUGGCAUCAUUGUAUUUCAAGAACAGUAUCAAUCGGUACUGGAGGAACAAGCGUGACUCGCAGGGUAUUACCAAUGAAGAGAAGUCGCAUUUGAGGCAAAAGUUAUUGUCUCACUUGAGAGAAGAGAACUAUCAGAUUGCUUUGACACUGGCUGUUCUAAUCUCCAAAAUAGCUCGCAUUGACUAUCCCAAAGAAUGGCCCGAGCUCUUUUCCGUUUUAGCUCAACAACUUCAAUCAGCAGAUGUUAUUAGUUCACACCGGAUCUUUAUGAUUCUCUUCCGAACAUUGAAGGAGCUGUCCACCAAACGGCUCACUUCAGAUCAAAGGAACUUUGCGGAGAUAUCAUCCCAGUUUUUUGACUACAGCUGGCAUCUCUGGCAGAGUGAUAUGCAGACUAUACUAAAUGGCUUCUCUUCCCUUGCUCAAAUUACAACCUCAAAUGCUUCUGAGCAUCAUCAUGAUGAGCUCUAUUUAAUCUGUGAAAGGUGGUUUCUAUGCUCAAAGAUAAUACGUCAGUUGAUAGUUUCGGGUUUUCCUAGCGAUGAAAAAUCUUUACAGGAGGUCCAGCCAGUCAAGGAGGUCUGUCCUAUGCUGUUGAAAGCAAUUCAAUCGCUCCUUCCAUACUAUUCCUCUUUCGCGGAACACCAUCGGAAAUUUUUUGAAUUUAUAAGAAAGGCAUGCACCAAGGUGAUGAAGAUUUUAGUCGCAAUUCAGAUGAGACAUCCUUAUUCAUUUGGCGAUCAGUGUGUCCUCCCACUAGUCAUGGACUUCUGUUUAAAUAAGAUCACAGAUCCUGAACCAGAGAUAAUGUCAUUUGAUCAAUUUCUUAUCCAGUGUAUGUCUAUGGCAAAAAUUGUUCUGGAAUGCAAGGAAUACAAGCCAAUCAUGACUGGACGGGUGAUAGAUGAGAAUGUGGUCACUCUCGAGCAGAGAAAGAAAAACAUUUCCGGGGCUGUAGCAGGCGUACUCACGUCUCUUUUGCCCAAUGACAGGGUCGUACUCUUGUGUAAUGUAUUAAUAAGGAGGUACUUCGUGUUAACAGCAAGCGAUUUGGAGGAGUGGCAUCAGAACCCCGAGUCUUUUCACCAUGAGCAGGAUGCAGUUCUUUGGUCAGAAAAAUUACGGCCGUGUGCUGAAGCACUAUACAUCGUUCUGUUUCACAAUCAUAGUCAACUGCUAGGUCCUGUUGUUGUUUCUAUUCUUCAAGAGGCAAUGAAUGGUUGUCCUCCUUCAGUAACUGAUAUCACUUCAGGGUUGCUUCUAAAAGAUGCUGCUUACGGUGCAGCUGCAUACAUCUAUUAUGAGCUAUCAAAUUAUCUCAGCUUCAAGGACUGGUUUAACAAUGCUUUAUCAUUAGAACUCACAAAUGAUCAUCCCAACAUGCGGAUCAUACAUAGGAAAGUCGCACUUAUUCUUGGUCAAUGGGUUUCUGAGAUUAAAGAUGACACCAAACGACCAGUCUAUUGCGCUCUGAUCAGGUUGUUACAGGACAGGGACUUGUGUGUCAGGUUGGCAGCAUCUCGGUCCUUGUAUUUCCAUAUUGAAGAUGCGGCCUUUUCACAACAAGAAUUUUCUGAUCUUCUCCCAGUGUGUUGGAAAUUAUCUUUUAAAUUGGUCGAGGAUGUCCAGGAGUUUGAUUCCAAGGUUCAAGUUUUGAACACAAUCUCUGUAUUGAUUGCUUAUGUUGGUGAUAUCAUUCCGUACGCCAAUGAAUUGGUUCAGUUCUUUCAGAAGUCCUGGGAGGAAUCUUCAGGUGAAAGUCUUCUGCAGAUUCAGCUUCUAACUGCCCUCAGGAAUUUUGUAGUUGCACUUGGCUACAAGUCCCCUAUGUGCUACAGUGUGCUAUUGCCCAUUUUAGUUAGUGGACUUGAUGUUAAUAGCCCAGAUGAACUUCUUGAGGACAGUAUGCAGUUAUGGGAAGCCACCAUUUCUAAUGCCCCCUCAAUGGCCCCACAGAUGUUGGGAUACUUCCCAUCUUUGGUGGAUAUACUGGAAAGAAGUUUUGAUCACUUGAAGGUUGCUGCCUCUAUUAUCGAAGGUUAUAUAAUUUUAGGCGGACCUGAAUUUCUCAGUAUGCAUGCUUCAAGUGUUGCUAAGCUUUUUGAUCUGGUGGUGGGAAAUGUAAAUGAUAGAGGUUUACUUUCAAUCCUACCUGUUAUUGAUGUGCUGAUUCAGUGUUCUCCUUCUGAUGGGCCACAGUUGAUCAGCAGUGCCCUCCAGAAAAUGAUCGUUAUAUGCUUAACGGGAGAUGACCGUGUUCCUACGAGUACAGCUGUAAAGGCAUCUGCAGCAGCCACCCUGGCUAGGAUUUUGGUAACAAAUACCAAUUUUCUGGCUCAGUUAGCAUCAGAACCAUCACUUGUGCAGCUCCUUCAGAAUGCUGGUUUCCCUGUUGGGGAGAACAUACUUCUUUGUCUGGUUGACAUUUGGCUUGACAAGGUUGACAAUGUAAAUUAUAUUCAGAAAAAGACAUUUGGAUUUGCACUUUCUAUAAUUCUGACAUUAAGGUUGCCUCAAGUACUUGAUAAAUUAGAUCAAAUACUAAGUGUAUGUACAAGUGUUAUAUUGGGUGGAAGUGAAGACACUACUGAAGACGAGUCUAGCAGUGAUAGUAUGAGCUCUAGCCGACCUCAAUUUCCAAGUAAAGAAUACAGGAGGAGACAGAUAAAAAUCUCAGAUCCUAUAAAUCAGUUGUCACUGGAGAAGUUGGUGAGGGAAAACCUGCAAACAUGUGCUAGCUUACAUGGGGAGGCCUUCAAUACUGCCAUGGGUAGAAUGCAUCCUGCAGCACUUGCCCAAUUAAAGCAGGCUCUUAAAAUGACAUAAAAAGACUAUAUUUUCAAUGGCUUUGUUUAUCUUUUUACCAAAUAGGAUCAGACUCGGGAGAUGGAGAAGCCGACUGUUCGUCUCUACAAGGAAAAAAGCAUAGGAGGUGUUUGUUUGGGAUGCUGGUGUUGUGGUUUGGUUUGUUUGAAGAUGAAGAUGAAGAUGAAGAUGAAGAUGAAGAGUGAGAGCAGCAUUGAGAGUGUAAAUAGUGUGGUCCUUGUUCAUGUCUGUUUUUUGAAGGUAUGGAUGAAGGUCACCACCAUAUUUACUUAAAACUUUUUCUCAGGUUCAGGUUUCAUUUUUACUAAAAGUUGAGUUGAGUUGAGUUGUAAAACUAUUAUUAUUAUUAUUAUGUUUGCACCACCCCAUCAUUUAUAUCUGACAAACUUGGGAUUCAAAUUGAAGUUUAAUUAGUUUAUUUAUCCUCUCUUU